CUGCAGAUCAAGUGUAAUGGAUUCACUCUGAGUGAUCAGAGAGGUCUGCAGGCUGUUGGUGUGGGUCUGUUUCCAAACCUGUGUCUGGUGAACCACGACUGUUGGCCCAACUGCACCGUCAUCCUCAACCACGGCAACCAAUCGGCUCUGAGUUCUGCUCUCCAUUCUCAGAGGAGAAUCGAGCUGCGAGUUCUGGAGAAAAUCCCAGAGGGCGUCGAGCUGACCGUCAGCUACGUGGACUUCCUCAACCUGUCCGCCGACCGCCAGAAGAAGCUCAAGGAGCAUUUCCACUUUGAGUGCACCUGCGAGCACUGCAGCCAUCACACCAAGGACGACCUGAUGAUGGCUGCGGCCGAGGGAAGCAAAGCCGAUAAAGUGAAGGAGGUGACGGCCUUCAGUCAAGAUUGUCUGGAGAAGAUCGAGGCGUCUCGUGUUCAGGGCGAUUUUCGCCACGUGGUGAAGCUGUGUUGUGAAUGUCUGGAGAAGCAGGAGAACGUUCUGGCCGACACUCACCUCUACAAGCUGCAGGUGCUCAGCGUCGCCAGCGAGGUUCUGUCGUACCUGCAUUCGUUCUCUGAGGCUGCGGACUACGCCCACAGGAUGGUGGAGGGAUACACGAAGUUGUAUCACCCUAACAACGCCCAGUUGGGCAUGGCCAUCAUGCGGGCGGGCGUCACCCACUGGCACGCUGGUCAGAUCGAGGCGGGCCACAGAAUGAUCUGCACGGCCUACGGGAUCCUCAUGGUCACACAUGGACCGAACCACGCCAUCACCAGAGACCUGGAGACCAUGCGUGCGCAGACGGAGGCGGAGCUGAAGAUGUUCAGGCAGAACGAGCUGAAGUACCACACCAUGAGGGACGCCGCUCUGAAGAUCCAGCCCACGGCCUCGUGUUAACUGUGUACCUUCAUGUACAUAUACUGCAUGUCCUCUAAGCACUGUAGCCGGUCCAUGAUCUUAUGUGAGAGCCAACACAACUCGCCGUGUGUAGUUUCCACAAUAAAAGAGUUUCAAAACAGUCGUGAUCAUUUGACCUCGAGUCCGAACAACUGAUUGUUCAUAUUAUUGAUCGUCAGAUUUUGAAUAAUGUUCUGUGAAGGCUGAUCAAACCUCAUCACAUCAUUUAC